GAAUCAAACAAUGUUCCAUUUCGAUGCAUUCGGUGUGUAUUCGACUUACAAGAGUCAAGAAAGUAGAAAAGUGACUACAUUUUCCAAUGUUUGGUUCUUCUUCAAUUUGUUUGUCAUGAUACUCACAACAGUCACCGCUGUCGUUUUCUUCAAGAAAGCAGAAAUUGCUUCCGAAUUCUUCAUGAGACAUUCGUAUGUCGUAAUUGCUAUUUUAUCAGUCGGUGUCUUCCUACUACUUGUCCUGCUAUUGGUGACGAAAAUUCAUUCGGACCAAUUGGCUGUUACUCUGAUUCUCAGAACUGUGAUUGUCCUGUGGUCUGUGGCCUUCGCUGCUGUAUUCGAUCCUGUUGAAAUACCAUUUGGAGUGAUAUCUCUGGCUAUAACACUAGUGAUUACACUCAUUAGUGUCGUGUUGGCUUUGAAACUGCCACCAUUGAAUCGGAAGGGGGUUGUCUUCUUCGUGGCUUUGACGAUGGUUCUUGCUGUUAUUGCAGUGGUUGCAAACAUAUUGUGUUACUUGAGCACGAAAGAGAUCAUUCAAUUCGAAAAUAAUGUGAUAUUCUGUGUUCCAGGGGCAAUUUACAUUGGAUUAUUUAUAGCCUUUGUGAUGUUCAUCUGUCUCAGUGUCCGACGAUGGAUAAAGCAGCUGUUCUAUCCUAAUUCCAUAGAAUUCAUUCUAUCCUUCACUGUUUGGUUUUUAAUGAUUAGCCUAUUCAUACAAGUGUAUACCGGAUUCACAGCAGAAGAGGUUAAAUUCAACGAAACAGUAAUUAAGUCGACCUACUUAAACACAAGUGUACCAAAACGUUUUCCUUUUUCAUGUUGUGUUUACAAUUAAACAA